AUGAAAGAUAUGUGGGAGGGAAAGAGCAAAAGAGAUAUCCUGAUAGCACUGACAAUCCAAAUAAGAGAUAUGAAGGAUAUGCUUACGCAGGAAAAUAAAGAAAUUAGAAGGAAGGUGCAACAGUUGAAAGAAGAAUUGUAUGCUGAAAGAGAGAGAAAUAUCUUGAGAGAAAAGGAACUAGAAAAAGAAAUAGAGGGAAAGCUCAAGGAUUUUGAGAAGAAAUUAUUGGAAAGCGAGCAAGCAAAUAAAAUUAAAACAAUAGAAGCCAGACUUAGUAAGAUCGAGGAAGGCAAUCAGAAAAAUAUACCGGGAACAAGCGAAAAUACAGAUGAAUUGAGGAAACAAGUAAAGGAAAUAAAAAUCAUGAUGGAGAAAAAAGACAGAGAAGAAAGAAAGAAUAAUAUUAUUAUUAAAGGCCUGAAUGUAGGAAAGGAAAGAAAAGGCUUGGAAAAGGAAGUAGAAGAAUUUGUGAAAGAACGGUUGGGAGUAGAGGCGAAGAUGGAAAGAGCGAGAUUAGUAGGAGGAGGAAAAAUAAUACAGGCAAAAAUAAGGGAUCAAGAAAAUAAAAGAAAAAUAAUGGAAAGCAAAAGCCGACUGGGAAAAGAAGAAAUCUACAUUGAAAAUGACAGAACGGUAAAGGAAAGGGAAACACAAAGGGAGAUUGUGAAGAUGGCAAAAGAACAGAGAGCGCAAGAAAAGGAAGUGGUAGUUAGAUAUUGGAAGCUAAAAAUAAAAGAUAAAUGGUACAGAUGGAACGAGGCCAAAGCAAGGUUAGAAUUGCAGACGUUUUUCCAGUCAGAGGACGGCGGAAGAGGCGAAGACGAAGGCAUGAGAAUGGAGUAG